GUCUGGAAGUGUCAGAAAUCAUUGGACAGAGAUUUACUCUUUUGUGGAAAGCCUAGCUGAGAAGUUCAUAAGUCCAAUGUUGCGGAUGUCUUUCAUUGUUUUUUCUUCACGAGGCACUACAGUCAUGAAACUAACAGAAAACAGGGAAGCCAUAAGACGAGGGCUCGACAUUCUUCAGUAUGAAGUGCCUGGAGGAGACACGUUCAUGCAUGAAGGAUUUAAAAGGGCAAAUGAGCAGAUUUACCACGAAACCUAUGGAGGAGUUCGGACCGCUAGUGUGAUUAUUGCUCUGACGGAUGGAGAAUUGCAAGAUGUUCAGUUUUAUUAUGCAGAACAAGAAGCCAACAGAGCCAGAAGCUUUGGAGCUAUUGUUUAUUGUGUUGGAGUGAAAGAUUUCAAUGAAACUCAGCUGUCAACAAUUGCUGACAGCAUCGAUCAUGUUUUUCCAGUUACGGGAGGCUUUUAUGCCCUAAGAGGAACCAUUGAUUCAAUUCUCAAGAAAUCUUGCAUUGAGAUCCUAGCGGCUGAACCAUCGAGUGUUUGUGCAGGAGAAUCAUUUCAAGUUGUGGUAAGAGGCAACGGCUUUUAUUAUGCAAGAAAUAUCGACCAGGUACUCUGCAGCUUCAAGCUCAACGACAGCCUUACUAUCAAUGAAAAGCCGACCCUUGUUCACGAUACUUACUUACUUUGUCCUGCCCCAGUGAUAGAAGAUGCUGGACAGGUGGUUUUCCUACAAGUCAGCAUGAACAACGGGCUAACGUUCAUCUCCAGCUCUGUCAGCAUCACCAGCACACAGUGUCUGACUGGGACCAUCCUUUUCAUUGCUCUCCUGAUUCUUUUUCUGCUGCUGGCUCUGGCUCUUCUGUGGUGGUUCUGGCCCCUUUGCUGCACGGUGGUGAUCAAGGAGCCGCCGCCACCGCCGCCUCCAGAGCCUGAAUCAGAUGAUGAAAAUGGAUUGCCAAAGAAAAAAUGGCCAACUGUGGAUGCAUCUUAUUAUGGAGGUCGAGGUGUUGGUGGGAUUAAGAGGAUGGAGGUGCGAUGGGGAGACAAGGGCUCAACAGAGGAAGGAGCUAAAUUGGAGAAGCCCAAAAAUGCUAUUAUUAAGUUGCCAGAACAGGAGUAUGAGCCAUGGGAACCCAAGCCGAAAAAGCCCCAUGUGAGAAAACCACCUUCCCAACGGAAAUGGUAUACUCCGAUCAAGGGCAAACUUGAUGCACUGUGGGCUUUGGUUCGACGAGGCUAUGAUCAAGUCUCUCUUAUGAGACCACAGCCAGGGGAUAAGGGAAGAUGCAUAAACUUCACUCGGGUGAAAUCGGAUGGAACUUCUGCCCCUUACAGCCCACCGCCAAAGCUGCCGCAGCGCGAUGAUGUUCCUCUCAACAACGCUCCAAGGAAUCUUUCUUCUCCCGUGUCUCUGCAGCCCCCUUCCAGGCAGCCACCUCCUGGACCACCCCCAUCCCGAGCCCCUCCUGGACCUCCUCCUUCACGUCCACCCCCGCAGCCCAUGGCUUAGAGUGCAGCAAAACCCUGAUCGACAAAACACGUCUCUGCUGAACACGGCAUAUUUAUUGAGUAUUGGUUUACAGUUAAAGAUAUCGGAAUUUGUUGCUGGUCAGCAAAAAAAGAAGAAAAAAAAAAAAAAAAAAGAAAAAUUGCCAAGUGUCAAUUUUAGUGUAUGAAUAUAUUUAUACCACACGUGCUGAGUAAACAUUCAGUGGAUAGAUUCAGAGCUAUGGGGUAUAGAAACAAACCAAAAUGAUCAUCUAGAUACAAUAGCAGAUUUUGUAUGUAUGCAUUUGAAGACCUAUUUACAUGUGACAUUUGUCUGACUUGGUAUGUCAGAUCAUUCAUUAAUAACUUUAGCCGGUACAUGUGCAUCAGUUGUUUUGAUAGCUGCCACCUGCAAGUUGGUUAAACAUAGUUCAUUGAGGAAUUUGCUUUCUUUUCCCCAAUAGUACUGCAUCCAGAUGUUAACAUGGAACAAUAAUUGCAAAGAUAACUUUCUGCCUUCGGUUCUGCAGGUGGAAUUUCCAUGAAAGUUUAUAAGACUAUAACAGUAAUGAGGUAAAAUUAGACUAUGUGCCAAUAAU